GAGAAGGGGGCGUGGUCUACUCGUGGGGGUCGCACAGCAGCGAACAUGGAGGUUUAGUUGUCGUCUAAUGGCCGCUGGAGAAGGAGAGCUUCACUGAGUCUGUGUUCAUCCGUUUCUUAGUUAUACUUUUUAUUCACUUUGUUAGAACUUCAUCAUGGAAAUGAAAAAGAGAGUGACCCUGGAGCUGAGGAACAGGAAUCCCUCAGAGGUGGUGGAGCUGGUGGUGGACAACUGUCGCUCUGCCGACGGAGAGGUGGAGGGUCUAACAGACGAGUUCUCGGCGCUGGAGAUCCUCAGCAUGGUGAACAUCGGACUCAGCUCGCUGGCCAAGCUGCCCUCUCUCCCCAAACUCAGAAAGCUGGAGGUGAGCGAUAACUCCAUCUCCAGCGGGUUGGACACUCUGGCGCAGAAAUGUCCCAACCUGACGUACCUGAACCUGAGUGGGAAUCAGAUCAAGGAGCUGAGCAGCAUCGAGGGACUGCAGAACCUGAAGAACCUGAAGAGUCUGGACCUGUACAGCUGCGACAUCACGGCUGCCGACGACUACAGGGAGAACGUCUUCGAGCUGCUGCCUCAGCUGGUCUACCUGGACGGCUUUGACCAGGAGGACAACGAGGUGCCGGACUCUGAGAACGUCAGGCAGUUGGAUAAACGAUGUUCCGUCUCAGACGAGGACGAUGAAGCCGGGCCACCUGGAGAUGACGACGACGACGACGAGGAUGAGGAGGAUGAUGAAGAUGAGGACGGCUCCGAGGGAGACGAGGUGGGCCUGUCCUACCUGAUGAAGGAGGGGAUCCAGGAUGAGGAAGAUGAUGGAGAUUAUGUUGAGGAAGAGGAAGAUGAUGAGGAGGAAGAAGAUGGAGAGGAAGACGGAGCUGCUGCUCAGGGCGAGAAGAGGAAGAGAGACGCAGACGACGAAGGCGAUGACGACGACGAUGAAUAGAGGGAACAACUGGCCCCGCCCUUACCUGCUGACCCCUCCACCAUAUUUGGCCAUUGCCUCAGAGAUGCAGACGAUCAGGAAGUCCUGGGAUCAGGUUUACAGCAGGGCUGAUGAAGUCUUUACCAUGGCAACCUGACAGGAAGCUGUGAAGGUGACCUCCAGUCUGAGUCAACUAUAUGAAAAAAAAAAAUGUAUUAAAAUAAAAUGCAGAAGAGAAACAAUCUGCAGCAGCAGAUCCUGGACCAGCGAGUCCUGGUUGUGACAUAAAUCUGGAUCCGGAGCGAUUAAAGAUGCUGAGGUUGUUUCUUUAAAAGCUCAAAGUUGAUUGGUUCUCUCAGACUGACCUCAUCUUCCCAGAAACUCUCCUCUUCUUCCAGUUAAACCAGUUCAGCCCUUCUAAGACCACAUUACCCACGAUCCUCAGAUCUGACUGGUAUCGAGCUCUGCUCUCUGAUUGGACGCCACUCUGGGACUUUGUAUUGGACUGUUACUGACAAGCCCCGCCCCUCUCCCUGCUGUCCGGUCGUGUAAAUAUCCGUGAAGCGGUCCCUGUAGGUUCUGUGAUGUCGUCUCUUUGAGUUCGGAGCGGACGCUCGGCUUCUCUGACGUAAUUUUAUUUUUUUAUUCCUGUCUGCUGACGGUGUCGCUGUAACCGGAGUGUUUUUGAAUAAAACCACUGAAACCAAAA